AUGACGGGACAGUACUACUCUAUGCCGUCAAACGGCCAGCACGAUAUCCAUCUCCAAUACCAGAACCAACCAUUACAUAUACCAAGCCCAUCGCCAUUACCAUCAACAUUUCCACCGAGGCGAUUCCAAGGCCUUCCAGCACGUCGUCGAUCAAAAGUCAAACUCUGGCUAGGACUCAUUGGAAAAUGGUUCGUCACGAUUAUAUUUAUCGUAGUUGUUUAUAUCAUUCUAGUUGCAUAUGCUCUUUACGAUGUCAUCUCGGAGAUUCAGAAGAAAUACUUUAAUGCUCUCAUAACGGGAUUUCUUAUCGCUCUGGGUCUCACGACAAUGAGCCAGUUGACGCAUUCGGUGCAGGACUUGCGAUGGUGGAUUUUGAGUAAGCGACCGAGGUCCAGGCAAAAGGUCAAGGCUAUUUUACAAGUCCAUAGCAUGAGUCAAGUCUUGGUCUUGGCCUUUAAAUCUAGUCGAUGGACAAUUCACGUUGGAGUCGCAACCUGGGUAGCACUAUUCCUGGCCACACAAAUUGGCUACGCAUCAAUAGGUCUGUGCUACGCCAUCGAAAAGACCGAAGAGCAAGCCCUCCUGAUUCCAGGACGCGUCUCCGUCGCCAACUUGAGUACAAUCUCUACCUCGAGUAUUGUCAAUGCAUCCAGCUCGACAAAGGCAGAGGACUACGCAGCGAACAGCUACGGGAUCAUAUCUCUAGGUAUGAGCCAAGGCCUUCUUGAUGACAUUCCCGAACCUGGGACUUUGUUCUUUGCCGACAACAAGUUUCUGUUUUGUGACGUGAAUUGCUCUUAUGUUUUCCGCGAAACAAACACAUAUACUUUGGAUAACCCCAUGAAGGCUCCGAUCGCUGCCAUUACGGAUAGAAAGGUCAAUAUUGGGACACACUGCGACGCGUUCAAGGUUCGUCGAUCUCAAAAUGAGACUGCGGAGGUUAUUACUAUUCAAGAUGGGGGCAAAGAUAGGAACGUCACGCUACCUAGCAAGGAAGUCCCUGGCGAGAAGGUGUACAUGACAUCUGCGUCUCACCACUGCGGCAAAGAUUGCAGCGUCGUUUCCAUAUUUGAGCCAUCUUUGACGAAUCCGUGGUUCUACAACUGCACCGUCCAGAUAGGUCCUGUUCAAAAUGCGACACGGCCGGAACACCAAGUUGGCGAGAGACUAGCACGCUUGGCAACAUCAGCAAUAGCCCUAGGAGGUCCCGACGGCGCAAACGAUACCAAAUCAAACAGUUAUCCCGCUGCUUCGGUAUUCGGCAUGCCAAUGAAUGGCUCAGCCGAAGGAGUCGAAAUUCUCCUCUCUCGCUUCGCAACGGGUGUGCUGGCAGCUGCCAUUGAAGCAAACGCGGAUAUUGUGAUUCCUGGUCAAAUGCCUACGGUCGGGCAGAAACUCAACAUUACACAUUGGGGAGUUAUUACUCUCAUCUUAUGGAUCACUGCAUUUCUUCAAUUGUUUGUGGCGGUUGUGGCGACCAAGGUAUCGGAGUGGGUUGUUGUGCCUGGGGGUGACUCGCUAUCAGAAGCCAAGGUUUUGAGGAAUAUGGUUGAAGAGGACAUGUUGGAUGACGAGAUGAAGGAUUUUAGAAAGGGGAAGAGUUUGUGGAUAUAUAGGAGUCGACAUCUUGGAGAUGGUUUAUAUGAUUUAUAUAUGGAGGAGGUGAGGACAUGA